GGACCAAGAGGAAGGGGAAAAACCCCCUGAAGCACACGGAAGUAUUCUGCUCCAUCCCUUCCCGCUCGCUCCUCUCCCCCAGCUAUUACCACAGCUUUGGAAUCACAGAGAACUACGUGGUGUUUCUGGAACAACCUUUUAAGUUGGACAUCCUCAAGAUGGCCACCGCAUACAUGCGGGGAGUGAGCUGGGCUUCAUGCAUGUCUUUCCACAGGGAGGACAAGACUUACAUUCAUAUCAUUGACCAGAGGACUAGAAAGCCUGUGCUGACCAAAUUUUACACAGACCCCAUGGUGGUCUUCCAUCAUGUCAAUGCCUAUGAGGAGGGUGACUGCAUUCUGUUCGACGUCAUCAGCUAUGAAGACAGCAGCCUUUAUCAGCUCUUCUACCUGGCCAACCUGAACCAGGACUUUGAGGAAAACUCCAGGCUGACCUCAGUGCCCACCCUCAAGAGGUUUGCCAUACCCCUCCACAUGGACAAGAAUGCAGAAGUGGGCUCAAAUUUAAUCAAAGUGGCGUCUACAAGAGCGACGGCUCUGAAGGAGAAAGAUGACCAAGUCUAUUGCCAGCCUGAAGUGCUCUAUGAAGGCCUAGAGCUCCCUCGGAUCAAUUAUGCUCACAACGGAAAGCCAUAUCGAUAUGUGUUCGCUGCUGAAGUUCAGUGGAGCCCAAUCCCAACCCAGAUAAUAAAAUAUGACAUUCUCACCAAAUCCUCCUUAAAAUGGUGUGAGGAGUGCUGCUGGCCGGCAGAACCCUUGUUUGUACCUGCACCAGAUGCUAAGGACGAGGACGAUGGAGUUAUCUUAUCAGCCAUUAUUUCUACUGAUCCCCAAAAGCUGCCUUUUCUACUUAUUCUGGAUGCCAGAAGUUUUACAGAACUGGCUCGAGCCUCCGUUGAUGUGGAGAUGCACCUGGACCUCCACGGAUUAUUUGUCCCGGAUGCAGACUGGGAUACAGGGAAGCAGACCCCUUCUGAGAACCAGCAGGACAAGGAGUUGGAGCCCCAAAGCCCCACAGGUCUGAUAGUACCAGGCUGGGGCCAUGGUAAGAAUGACAUCACUGGUAGAGUCCUCAGGACACCGAAUGAGAUGGUUAAUAUUCUCAACUUGUCAGGAUCCAGAAUCACCUAGGAGAUAAACCUUCAGGCAAGUGUGGGACUUUCUCGAUUGAGAGUUAAUGGAGGUGGGGAGACCCAGCCUGAACGUGGGCAGCACCAUCCCGUGGGCUGGGGUCCCAGACCGAAUAAAAGGAAGAAAGUGAGCUGAGCACCA